AUGGAAAUGGAACUCAUUUUCUCAGUUCAAUCAUUACUGCUCCUUUCUCUAACCAUUCUUUGUUGUUACUACUACUUCAGUUUACACCAUAAACAGAAUGGAAGUAAUCAUGGGUUCAAAAUCUACCCCAUACUCGGUGCCUUGCCCGAUUUCUUGAGAAACCGACAUCGGUUUCUUGAUUGGACGAACGGAGUUUUACGGCGGUGCCCGACUAAUACCGCCGUCUUUCACCGUCCAGUUAAGAUCCAUGGGGUCAUGACUGCGAACCCUUUGAAUGUCGAGUAUGCUCUCAAGACCAACUUCGAGAACUACCCUAAAGGGGAACGGUUCAUUGGGAUAUUCAAGGACUUGUUUGGCCAAGGCAUGUUCAACUCGGAUGGUGUUCUUUGGAAAAUUCAAAGGAAAACAGCUAGCUACGAGUUCAACACCAAAUCUAUGAGAAAUUUCAUCAUGGACAGUGUUUGGCUCGAGAUUUCAACGAGGUUGAUCCCAGUCCUAAACCAGGCAUCGGAAACGAAUCAGAUAUUGGAUUUGCAAGAUAUUUUGGAGCAAUUCGCUUUUGAUAACAUAUGCAAACUAGCUUUCAAUGUCGACCCUGGUUGUCUUGGUGGCAAUGGAAAUGGUUCUCAUUUCAUGCGUGCCUUUGAAGAGGCUACAAUGCUUAGUUUCGGUAGAUUCAUGUAUGCUUUCCCCAUUUUAUGGAAGAUAAAAAGGAUUUGCAACAUGGGAUCGGAGCGAAACUUGAAGAAAUCGAUCAAAAUCGUCCACGAAUUCGCCGAUAGCAUCAUAAAAACAAGAUUACAAUCAAAAUACGAAACCAAAGAUGAAGAUUUACUCUCGAGGUUCAUCAGAAAUGACAACAAUUCACCUCAAUUUCUCCGGGAUAUCAUCAUAAGCUUCAUCCUAGCAGGCCGAGACACCACAUCCUCAGCCUUGACUUGGUUCUUUUGGCUACUAUUGCUAAACCCGAGCGUCGAACAAAACAUUCUAAACGAACUCGAAACGAUCCGAACACGAAACCGGAAAACCAUUGGCUGCACAUAUACAUUCGACGAACUACGUGACAUGCACUAUCUUCAUGCAGCGAUUUCCGAGAGUUUAAGAUUGUACCCACCGGUUCCCAUCGACACAAAAGUUUGUGUAAACGACGACAUACUUCCGGACGGCACGUUUAUAAGAAAAGGUUGGUUUUUCACUUACCAUGCGUAUGCAAUGGGGCGGAUGGAGGCCAUAUGGGGCAAGAAUUGCGAUGAAUAUUUACCGGAAAGGUGGCUAGAUGAAACUGGGAACUACAAGCAAGAGAAUCCAUUUAAAUUCCCCAUAUUCCAUGGGGGACCAAGGAUGUGUUUAGGUAAAGACAUGGCGUAUAUUCAGAUGAAAUCGAUUGUGGCAGCUGUGAUGGAGAGGUUUGUGAUAGAAGUACAAGGGAAAGACAAGUGUCCUCAACACCAAAUGUCUUUAACUCUUAGGAUGAAAGGUGGGUUAUCGGUUAAGGUCAGGGAAAGAUGAGCCUACUUGUUUGUUUGAUCUUCAAAUACAAUGGGAUUAGUGUGUUUUUUCUUUUUAAAUGGAGAUUUAAUGUUUGUUUUA